AUGAGGCACAACGAGGUUUUCCUGACCCAGCUGGACAACGGCGUAGUCUCAAAAGUUCCCGGCAGUUUUUCCCGUUUUUGGCAUGAACUGGUGGAUGACUUUCCACCGUUUACUAAGAUCGUAACGGCCAAAGAGUCCAGUUUUUCUUGUAGUGUAAUUACCACAAGCCAUCGCUUAAUCAUUACGCAGCUUCUCCAGCCAGGCUUGGCAGCUUCCAUUGUUAAUGAAGAUAGCCAGGUUCAGUUACCGAUUUGCGCGUCUAUUCCCUUCUCCCACUUUAGCUCUAUCCUUUCAACAGGCGUUAGUACCACUGGGGUGACUGUCACAUUCAAUUUUUAUUAUCCACUGCAGCUUAAUCUAUUCAUCCCCGUCGGCCAGAAUCCCCAGGCAAUAGUUGAUCAAACGGUUAAGCACUGGUGCAUACAAGCCCGUGGAGUCUUUCUCCGUCCUAUGUCUGUUCCUCUUAUUAAUGCAGCAAAGGAUCUAAAAGGACUUGGACGGUGUGCAGACAUACCAACAUUUUGUGAUAACCGCCCUACGUUUCUUCGCUCGACUGGCGAUGAUACACUCAGCACCGCCAAUGAUCGCUGGACACAUUAUAGUAUAUCACGUACAAUAUUGGCUAUGCAAAAGGGCGGUGAUGUAUUGCGUGCUAAGUUAGUGCUGGGCCCAGAUCAGAACCCUGAGACACUGAAGGAACCCCUCACUGUCCAGAGGUAUCUGAACAUUAAGGCACACUACAACGCUGUACUUGAUUUAGGUAGUAGCCCUGUCUACGCUGAGGCUUCCAUAGAUAGCCUCCUAGGUGGUGAGGCAGGUGCUCUCAAGGAACUUCUUGAAUAUGAACCUGAAAAUGGCCAAGAUGGCACCGCAGAGUUUACACGAACUCAGCUCCACAUUUGUAUCAAUAAGAACUACCAGGUCUGCGAAACAUAUCCAUACCUUCUCUUUCUGCCGAAUCAAGCCAUCAUUAGACCAAACACAUUCGUCGAUAAUCGUUUUCUCUGCGUUGCCGGAUUCAUUGAUGGACUUCCCAUAUUCCGCUCCGGAAACCCUAUUCUUGGGAUUGGUGCUAAUCCCAUUGCGGAUUUUCUGGACUUCUACAUGCCUUCUACGUGCUAUAAGCGCGCCAUUGUUUUUAGUCUAGGACCAACGACCUACUAUGACAUUCAGAAGCCAGUUAGCACCAUGCCACCUAACUCAAAUGGUACCUUCAUAGAUUACGCUAAUUACUUGCGUGUGUUGCAGACCAAGCUUCCGUUCCUUGAAGAACUGGCCAUGGCAUUUAAUACUAUGUGGUCUCUGAACUUGGUACAGCCGACGCAAUUUUUCUCUAGCGAGCUUCCAGCGAACUGGAAUCUUCAGCAAAAGGGGGAUACAGAUCUCUAUAGUGUAGCUGCAGAUCUGUUCGACACAUUUCACAUCAAAACGAUUAAGGAGGAUAACGAUUUCCAGUACACUGUUCGCGUGGAGGAAUCUGGCUGGCUGGAUUACAUAAUCUCAUUUGUUGCUACAGCAAGGUUAUUGGUUGAACUUCUUCGAGAUGACAACAGUCAGAACAUGAUCAUUUUGUCAGGAGACCUGGAGGUGUUCUGGGCUCCUGUAAUACUGAUCCUUUCUACGAUAAUAGCGAAGAAGCAGUACAGGACUAUCAGGGGUCUUUUAGAAUUGAUGCGUUACUAUCUUCCAUCUUUUGGCUUGCCACUUGCAUCAUGUAUGAAUUUCGAGGGCUCUCAAAUAGAGGCUAAGGCGCCAGUUCAGGAGCAACACUACAGGCUCAUCACGCAACGUGCUGGUCACGUACCAGUUAUCCCGCUGCUAAUAGAUUGUAUCUCUCUUUUAGUGCAUUACUCACGGCCUGCGUUUGGCUUUGGAGAAGGCUUUUUAAUGCAUCUUUCGGCUAUUAUUUAUUCCAAUCUCUACGGAGACUUUCUCUUUGAUAGUGAAGCUGAGCGCUACUUCCUUGCCAUUCCAGAGCUUACUGAUUCUCUUUAUUCACAGGAGGCCAUAGAGCUUCUUUCUAAAAGGUUUGAAACACCGAUUGUUGUCGAUUCUCUUGAGCUGAGCUCUUGGCCAACGAUCAGCAAGUUCUGGUCACUUGGGCUAGACUUUUCUUGA